UCACAUGGCGAGGCGGAGGGGCCCGGCCUAAAGGAGGAGGGGGGGGGGGACACAUGGAGGACAAGCAGGAGCAGACGGGGGGGCGAGGAGCCCCCCAGCAGCACCGAACACAAAGUGGCACCGAGCCCCGAGGAGGCAAAGCCAGAAGAUGCCAGUGGGGAGAAAGAGGAGGAGGAGGCUUUUCUUGUCAGCCUCUAUAAGUUCAUGAAGGAGAGGCACACGCCCAUUGAAAGGAUCCCACAUCUGGGGUUCAAGCAGAUUAACCUGUGGAAGAUUUACAAAGCAGUGGAGAAGCUGGGAGCCUACGAGCUGGUAAGCAGCGUGUCCUGCCUGUCCCGUCCAGCUCUGUGCUCCAGGUUUGGGGGGGGUUUAUCCAUCUUUACCCCACUGCAGGUAACAGGGAGGCGGCUGUGGAAGAACGUUUAUGAUGAGCUGGGCGGCAGCCCCGGCAGCACCAGUGCAGCCACGUGCACCCGGCGGCACUAUGAGAGGCUGGUCCUCCCGUAUGUGCGGCACCUGAAGGGUGAGGACGACAAGCCGCUGCCUCCCAGCAAACCCCGCAAGCAAUACAAGGUCUCCAAGGGCAGCGAGAUGGGGGAGAAGAGCAGGAGGAGCAAGAAGGAGAAGGGCCGGGAGCAGGUGGCACCAGAGAAGGCAAAGCCUGAGGUGGCAGCCACCCCUACAGUAGAGCCCCAGGAGCAAGGCCAGCCAGCAGAGGGAUGCGCCAGCCCCACAGCCCCAGCUCCGAGCCCCUCUGCAGGGUGUCCCAGCACCUGCCGAGCCCACUCUGAAGCCUACAAACGCCUCUUCUCCAGCUUUUACUCCAAAGGCAACCACCCCAUCAUGUCUCCGCUGGCCAAGAAGAAGCUGCUGUCCCAGGUGAGCAAGGCAGAGUCCUUGCACUGCCUCAAACGCCAUUGCCUGGAGGACAGGGGGGUGUUGAGCAGCGCUCAGCCCAACCCAGAGCCCAGCCCUGCAGUCAGCCCCCAGCUCAAGGAGCAGAGGAGCCCCGAGACACAAGGAUUGAAGGACACACCACAGGGAGCCCGGAGUGAGGCAGGACCCGUCCCCAGCUCAUCCCCUGGGGGGACGGACAGGCAGCCUUACCCAAGAGCUGAGGACGGGGGUCCCGCGCCCGCUGUCUUCACCGGCUUCUUCCACGCGUAUCGCAACGAGGUGCUGAAACCCAUCGGCUGCCACCCCUUCGGGGGCUACUUCUCCAACCUGAAGGAUUUCUUGGAACCACAAGCCGAGGACACGGGUCAGGAACAGCCCCAGGACCUGCGGAGCAAAGCGUGGAGCAGGGAGAGCCCGCAGCCGGCCGCCUUCGCUGCCAUCAAAGCCUGCUGGGUGCCCCCCGGGGCCGGCUUCACCCCACUGACACAGAGCCCCACAGCACCCGCUGCCAAAAGGAGCCGGGAUGAGGAGCCGUUGGGGCCCAGCAGGAAGCUGCAGGUUGUUUCCCCUUUUCUCCAUGAAUCCGAAUGCAGGGACAAGGGCGCUGGCUCGCCCAGGGGCCACCAAGGAUUGGCCAAACCCAAAGCCAUCAUUCCCGGACCUGGCUACGCUGCUCCGCUCCCCGCAGUGCCUCAAGCCCCAGAUGUUUACAAGGGAGCGAUGCUGCGCUUCCCCAUGAACUUCAACAACCCUUUGGAGCACCUGAAAAACCAGGCAGCCCCAGCAGCACCAUCCCUCUCCAUCAACCCCUUCGUCAUCCCUGCUUUCCCCAGCCCUGUCAUAGCCACCUCUGUGCAGCCCUCUGACCUCAGGCACUACCCGGCGUCCUACGAGAGCUCAAUGCAUCAUCGGCUCUACCCAGCAACGUGGCACACCUACAGCACCCCACACAGCUCUGCUUUCCACCGCAACACCAAGCUGUAGGGCUGCUGUCCUGCUCUGGAUCAGCCCCAGCCCCACAGGGAGGGAUGGCAGCACCUGGAUGCCGUCAGAGCUCAAAGAUGAGCUGGACUGUGUCAUUUUUACUCUUGGUCUUAGAGAUGUUUGUAUUCUGACAUCGUACUCCGGUGAUUUAACUACCAAUAUCACAAAGUUAUAUAUAUAUAUUAUAUAUAUAUAAACAAAAUAAGGGAGCAAAAUGAGUUGCGGAGGUUUUCUUGCUCGAGAUGCUGUGUCCCCAUGCAGUUUUGUGCAGCCAACACAGCAAGGCAAUGGAUGUUCCCACCUCGCCAUGCUGUGCCCAGGCUGUUUGACAUGCAGCCCCUGCUCCCUCCUGCAAAUCACUGCCAUUUCAGUUCUAAGUAUGUUGCCUUAUAGCAGGAGCUGCUGAGGUUCUAAGGGGCUCAGGAGGGCAGCAAGAAGGGCUGGCUGCCCCAAAAUGGGUGCUGGAGGGCAGCAUCCAAAAUAAACCUGACUGGAUGGUCCCA